CGAGACGUCGCUCCAGCUGCUGCUCCAGCUGCUGCUCCAGCUGCUGCUCCAGCUGCUGCUCCAGCUGCUGCUCCAGCUGCUGCUCCAGCUGCUGCUCCAGCUGCUGCUCCAGCUGCUGCUCCAGCUGCUGCUCCAGCUGCUGCUCCAGCUGCUGCUCCAGCUGCUGCUCCAGCUGCUGCUCGUCUUGACCGACUGACGUCUCGAGUUCGUCUCGCGAUCGUCUCGCGAUCAUGCAGUCGAGCCGCCCACAGGAGGGGGGGCAGCAGCAGCCGCUGCCCUUGGACAAGGAUCUGAGCGCGCUGCUGCUCAACAGCGGCUGCGCGCUGCCCCUCUCCGCCCUCUCCGGCCUCGCCUCCUCGCUGGGACUCGCGGACUCGGCGUUGCUGGCGACGCUGCGCUCCAAGCCGGAGGCGUUCGCCCUCGUGGAGCGCAGCAGCAGCAGCAGCCUGAGCGGCGGGGGGCAGCAGCAGCAGGAGCAGCUGCUGCCCCCCGCCGCCCUGGGCGUGAGUCUCGACUGGAGGGUGCUGGCCGUGAGCGCGCUCCGCGUGUGCCCCCGGUACCGGGAUCGAACCGGCUGCCCGGAAGGCGACGGCUGCGCCAAGCUGCACGUGUGCCGCCGCUUCGUGCUGGGCUCCUGCAAGUUCGGGUCCGACUGCAAGUUAUCCCACGACUUCCGGGAUGGCCACAACCGAGAUCUCUGCUACGAAAGCGGGGUCGAGGGCUUGCCCUUUGACCCCAUGCAAACGCUGCUCCUCCAGAAUGACCCUACGCUCCUACCCCAGAUUUGCAAGACCUACAAGGUGCUGGACGCUCCGGGCGAGUGCAAGUACGGCAGCAAGUGCGCCAGGCUGCACCUGUGCAGGCCCUUCGUGCUGGGAGUUUGUAAAUUCGGGGACAAGUGCCGACGCAGCCACGGGCUGAGCGACGCGGCGCUGCGCCGGCAGCUGAAGCAGCAGGGCACGUACGCGUGGUCCGACGACGAGCUGCUCAGCCUGCUGCGCAGGAGGGAGCAGAUUCACGCGGCGGCCGCCGCGGCCGCGGGCGGCACGGAUGCGGCGGACGACGCGGCGGACGACGGGGCGACGAAGGCGCCGCUCGGCUUCGCCGCCCGCGGACGGAAGGCCGGAGGGAGCGGCGGCGACGGCUGGCCAGCUGGCGCGGCAGGUCGCGACGGGGAGGGAGAGAUUUGCCUCUACCACCUCCUCUCCAAGUGCCACUACAAAGAACGCUGCCUCAAGAGCCACGCGGCGCUGCCGUACCGGUGGCAGGAGCGCCCCCACGGUGGCGGCGCGUGGCAGGACCUGCCCGACCCCGAGGCGAUGGAGCGGCACUACUGCGACCCGGCCAGCAUCAGCCACGACUCGGUGGACUUCAUCCACAUGAAGUCGGUGCACGGCACGGUGAGGCGCCUCUCGACGGCCAACGCCGUCGCCAUGCCGGACAACUUCCUGCUGACCACGCGGUGGUCGUGGUACUGGCAGGAAUGCGUCGGCACGUGGAUCAAGUUCGGAGACGAGGCCACGACCAACGACAAGGCUAAGUCCAAUGCCUCUUCGCUCGACCUGGAGAAGGCCUACCACGAGGACAAGGAGGGCUCCUUCAAGUUCACUGCCGGCCGCUUCUCGUACCGCCUCGACUUUAAAGACAUGACGCAGACCAACCUGGAGGUGGGCACGAAGAGGAGCGUGAGGAGGAGGCCGCUGCUCGUGACGGCGCGGGAUGUGGAGGCGGCACGCGGGCGGCAUGGGAGCCUGCACCGGAUCGGUGUGGGCAGCGCUCCGGCUCACUGGGACCGCGCCUCUCUCUCCGACGUCGACAUCUCGCUUGUGGAGCUCGUGAACACGACGUCGGAGUACAACGAGGUGGCGACCCUGUUCAAGAACACGCUCGGUCAGCCCUCGAUCAAUAUCCUCAACGUCAAGAGAGUCCAGAACCUGGAGUUGUGGGAUGCUUUCCAGAGGAAGCGCGAGUGGAUGCGCAAGAAGAACGGUGGCGUCGAGGUGGAGGAGCGGAAGCUGUUCCACGGCACGCGGCCCGAGCACGUGGUCCCCAUCUGCCAGCAGAACAUCGACUGGCGCUUGCGCGGAGCUCACGGAACACUCUUCGGCGAAGGGAGCUAUUUCGCACGCGACGCUUCCUACUCCCACACCUACUCCAACAAGGGCCGCAAGGGAACGGCCCCUGCCAGCGCGGCAAUGUUCCUGGCCCGCGUGCUGGUGGGCCGCUACACUCGCGGCGUCGCCGGCUACAUGUGGCCCCCCGCCAUCAAAGCUUCCCCUUCGACGUCGGCUGGGCAGCCGGCCCCGGAGGUUUUCUACGACAGCUGCGUGAACACCGAGAUCGAUCCCAGCAUCUUCGUGGUGUUUGAAAGAGACCAGAUCUACCCAGAGUAUGUUAUCGAGUACCAGUUUUAGGGUUAGAGGAGGAACCCAGCUGGAUGCGUCACGUUGAGGGGCCAAACGUCGCCAUGGAAGCGGAUAACCACCUUUGAACCAACGUUGGUUCAACGUAGACGUGUAACUGGAAAACGUUGGACCAAUAUUGGCCCGAUGUAGGUGUAUAACUGGAAACUGUUGGACCAACGUUCCGUGUGUAUCGGGGGAAGGCAGCCUGUGCACCACGAGGCUGUGUUGACACGGGCCUGAGGAAACUGCUUUAAGGUCGUGAUCCACUUGGGCAAUUUCAGGCCAAUCAUUGCCGGCAAUAGUCACCGACAGUGGUUGUCGCAGCAGCGUUUCCCACUGUAAAAGUCUAAUCCCCCCCCCCGCUCCCUCAAAAUGUGAAUAACUCCGAUUCCAGCUGCCCCCUCGUCAGCAACCGGGCGGCAUCUCCCAAUCAGAUUGCAGACAGAGGUCACAUGACUGCCUGACGAGUUACGCUGAAAAAAAUGGUGGCUUCCCGUAUGGGUGGGAUCGAGAUGGAUGGACUAGACUUGACCCAACUCUAUCAACUCGUGACUAGUACUGGGCCUUACCCCAUCUCUAAGUAACUAGUGACUCAUGAUUGGUUUACAACUCUCUACAGCCACUUCUUUGACUGCGCAGAACUCUUGUCAAAACAUCACGAAAAACACACAUUGAUUACGUCAGACACCGCACAUUAAUACAGUACGUUUCAGGUGACGUACGUGCUUUUAAAGGCAUGACACAGGUACCCUUGUGUUUUGUUGAAUAUUUAGCAGUUAAGCUUGAUUUAUGCACUCUGAGGGCUUGAAGGGCUUUGAUAUGGAACACAGCUCGGCUCUGCCUUGUGCAAGGCUCCGAGUAUCUUGCUCAGAGAUUAACACUCUUACAUCAUCACUUGACACGUGGUGUUCACACAAUCUGUUUUCGAAAUAACGCGGUUCUUCCAUUAGGGAACGCAACGCAGUGCAGGUUCAUUAAUUAUAAUUUCAUUUGAUUUUCGCGUAAUUCAUGCUAAUUUCCAAUGCUGUACGUAAUAUAUAAGUGUAGUAGGCGCCCAUUUUAACAUGUAACGUGCCUAUCAUGACACGAUAGGCACUUGUUUUUACACGAUAGGCGCCCGUUAUAACACGGGACUGCUCACAGAGUGCUUCGCUCGCAACGGACGACGAGUCGGCACGUGAUCUCGAGCACGCUUCGGCGCGGGCGUUGAGCGAUGUGCGGCCCACGUGAACGCGAGGUGAACGGGGGGCGCCUCCCGCUCCGUGUGGCUAUCGGCGUACCUUGCGGGACGAUGGCCGGGUUUUGCCGGUCACCGACUCGUGAACUGCGCGCUUCGUUCCCAAGCGCCGUGAAGACUGUGAACCGUGAGGCUCGUGAAACGUUCAUAGAACGCUGCCGGAGGUGGGUAAAGUGCGUCGAACCGAAUGUGGCUCGCGUGCGAUGCGUCUAUUGGGAGAGGGCAUAUUGUGCAAUAAUAAACAUUCAUUA